CUACAUAAUGACACUCAACCCAAUCACCUCAAUCUCCAAAAAAUAAUACCAUGACUCUGGUAAUUCUGUUCAAGUGUCCUCGGGUUUUGAAACCCUAAGUCUUCCCUGCAAUGGAGAGAUAAAAGCACUGUCGACCCCCGACCCUCCGUAGCUUCACUUCUCUCCGUCACUGGUUCUGACGGUAUUUGCUGGUAUAACAAAUCAGUGUAAGGUUCGCCUAUUCCAUUCGCGCCCACACGCGAACCAUAAAGGCCCUUCUUUUUGGUCAAAAUAAUCCAUCAGACCGAGGCCAUGGAAUCAGAGACACCACGCGUAUCAUUCAUCUCCAUCGUAGACUUCUCGGAGGAUGCUCGCUGGUUGUUCCUUACUGAAUCAGUCUCCGACCUGCUAGGCUUUGAACCCCGCGAGCUAAUAGGCCGCCCUGCUUUGGAGCUUGUACAUCCAGACGAGUUCUCUCAGGUAAAGCAGAUGCACUAUGAUACUAUCCGCGAAGACAAAGCCGCUGCUCUGGCAUAUCUUCGAUUAAAGCAUAAAGAUCCCUUCAAAGGAUACAUCCUUUGUGCGGUCUCUCGGACCGUCGUGCACAGCGUUCUGGUAGGCAGCGUAUCCUUUGCCACACCAGGUGGAAAGGCGCUCCAGAAUACAUCCACUGCACAAGAAGUUGAGGUUGUCACGCCUUCUGCGAAGAACUUUGAGCUUAGGCGAUGGGGCGACCCAUCACCGAUGACGUCUAGUCCUAGUACACCCGACCUCGCUUCACGGGCUGCCUGCGCUUCCACAGACUCGGAUACCAGUGAUGCGUCAUCAAGCCGCAGCCGAAGCAAGAAACCAACAAUAAUUAGUUUCAAUCCGCUGCCCUGCCAGUCCCCAAGGUCGGCACUUAUCCUUGACCGGUUCUCGAUUCAUUGCACGGUCCUCUACUGUUCCAAUGACCUUCUCCUGUCAACUACCAGGGUUCUGGGUAGGAGUUUCUUCGAUUUUGUCACUAGUCGCACAGAACAUAGCGUGCGCAGCUGGAUCGAUGUCAUUAAAUCAUGGGGCGUCAACGAUCGAGGGCAACCGAGCGAUGGCGGCUUCGGUUUUGGUAAAUUUGUGCUGUUACUUGCUGGCAGAAAUUCAAGGGGUGAAAAUGAGCAAGAUACGCCGCUAUCGCGGCGCAGACUCGGAGACGCAAGAAUCAAUUACCGAAUGCCGUCAAGCCCACGUUGCGCCUCCCAUUCAUCGCCCGGGACGUCAUCCCGUUCACGGCCACCAUCUUCAUCAUCCUCUGAUCAGGAAAUUUCUGUUGACGCUAUUUUCUCUGGCCACUCGGACGGAAUUUUACUGGUACUUCGGCCAACUUCAAAAGUAUGAUUUCGGGCAUCUACGUAUUUUCUCUCUCACCAUUCUCUCUGCACGUAUAUCGUGUGAUUGUGUUUUUGAUACCAUGUUUACCUUCGUUCGUCUGUACACUUUUUGUUGUGUCUUUUUGUUUUCCUGAUGUACCAUUUGAAUGCGUCUAGUGCGUCGCAAUUUGGAGUUCAUAAUUUAUUCUCGCGGAGCCUUCACUGCGAUAACUUCC